CUAUGGCACUACUCUUUCUAUCACUACUGGCGCAGUGAGGGCUGUCCCCACUCGCAACACCUGCCACUUAUGGGCGACGGACCCAUACCUGUGAUCAUCAUAAUGUCGGCCUACCUCUUAUUUGUAACCCGACUCGGGCCGUGGAUUAUGUCCAGAAGACCAGCGCUUGAGCUCCGGGGUCCUAUGCUUACCUACAACACAGUUAUGGUUGCAAUAAACGCUUACUUCUUCUUCAAGUUUAUAUCACUGUCACAAUACGGACGGGUGUUUGCCAACUUCCAGUUCCCCUCCAAGUAUGACAACUCUGAGCGCACUCAUGCCCUCAUCCUAACCACAUACCUGUAUUCCGUAUCCAAAUUCAUCGAUCUCUUGGACACCGUAUUCUUUGUGCUGCGCAAACGAAACCGACAGGUGACUGGCCUACACCUGUACCAUCACACCAUUGUACCACUGCUAGCGUGGAUGACAAUGAAGAUCAUGCCUACCGUUCCCGCCUUCCAUAUCUUCGGUAUACUUAAUUCACUCGUCCAUACGAUUAUGUACUCGUAUUACGCGCUCAAGUAA